UGCACUUCAUUCAAGCUGUGAUUAUGUAAAAUCUCCAUACUCAUGAACAAUUUUCUGCUUCAUGUUCUUAAUUCGACAGACUUAGACUUAGACUUCCAUUUAUCGUACUGACAUUUGUUUUUAAAGGAAUCUUGAAUUUUUAGUGAAAAAAAAAAGAUAUGGACAAUUCACUCCUGAGCUGUUCAAUUGAAUCGAAUCAUAAAAGUGUGCUGAUAGGUCACAGCUCUUUUUAAAAGAACCGCAGCUCAUCAGCUCACUCCCUUGCUACCUAGAUCAGAGCAUUGCGAAGAAGGGAACAUGGUACGAGCUGAACGAAUCUUCGGCUCUUGAAGAGCAAUGAAAAAGAUGAGUGUGUAGGGAUGUCGUAAUAUCGUUCGAUUAAUCGAGUAAUCAAAUAAUAACUCUGAUAAUCGAGUAAAAUUUACUCGAUUAGUUUGAAAAUUAUAAUCGAUUAAUGAAUAAUCGACGAUUCGAAAAAUCCGACUUCCCUAAAUGUGUGCUUUUGUUUGUUUUUUUCAUACGUGCAUCUAUCCUUCUGUAGCAGAUUAAAGCGCUAUUCACACUAGGCCGUGACGUAUUCGGAAUGGGACCGCAACGUACCGGGAUUUAUUUGUAAAAUAUUCUCAUCAUACAGUGGCAGGAUAUCUUUCUCAUCUGCAAAAUCUUUCCGGUCAUCCAGUAUAAUUUUAUGUACUAUUGUUAUUGAUUGGUUUUGACCAACAUUUUAUGUAGUUUUGACACUGUCAGUGGUAGUGGAGUUUCAAAAAUCACUAAACUCUUAAAACCACUUUCUCACGGUGCAGGACCAUUAGCCAUACGAUUUAUUAAUUUUAUUUUUGUUUCCGUUUCUGAUUUCGGGAGGGGACUUUGCUAACGAUUUUACUAACGAAGAUUGGUAACGAUUUUUGUGGAAUUUCCCUCUGUGUCUUGGAGCCUUGGAAGCAUGUGACAAUUCAAGUACCUGCCAAUAGUGUCUUUGAGUCAACGCAUGCUUUGACCGUGCUUCGGUCGUGUGUCGAUACAGACACGGGUACGACACGGUCUAGUGAUAAUAUUCACAUGGAGCUGCAUGAAACAAAUUUGAAGUGUAACCUGGACGGGAUCCGGUCCAGUCCCGUUCCGGUUACGUCACGGUCUAGUGUGAAUAGCGCUUAAAUGAGACAUUGUAGGAAGGAAAUCUUACUUCUCACUCAGUAGGCUAAGAUACAGCCAGGGAUGUCACUUCUACAGAUAGUAAACAAAUGUGGCAUAAUAAUUAUGUUUCGCAUAUGUUUGUUAAUAUGACAAUAAAGAUAAAAUCCAUAAUUUAGUUUUGACUAUGCAUACAUAUGCAAGAUAAACGGCGUAUAGUACAAAAAAUACCUUCAGCUCAAUCUAAACGAGCUGAUCAGUUGAUUCUUCGAAUCGAUUCACUUUGAUGAGCUGAUCGGAUCGGAGAUGCUCACCAAUAUGAACUGUUUGACACACCUCUAGUUUCAAAACGAAUCAUGGAGUAAAGCUUAAACUCAAUUCUACUGAGUAAUGUCCGCCUUCUUCCGUCACCGUCAUCGGAACGUCAGAUUCCGUCAAAAUUUGUUUAAUACAAUUGCAGAGUUAUAAGUAAAACCACCUGGUUGGUUUGAAAUAUAACAGUGGAACGAUUGUUUAUUGAAAAUAACAAAGUUCUUAGCGAUGCGUUAUUACCGACUACUACGACACUCCUCCCUAAUCCGCGACGCCUAUAAGUUCACAGAACUUCUUUUGCUUUUGUGUUGGCAUUGUCUUUGUUAGUCCAUCAGCUGGCUGCUCUGUUGUUGGUACAUAACUUAAUUUGAUUAAUCCUUGGCUCAACAGAUCAUGGACAAAGUGAUACUUUAUGCUAAUAUGCUUCGUUCUUGGAUUGUACGAUCCGUUAUUUGCGAUGCUGAUUGCAGAUUGGUUGUCGCAGUUUAUCACCACUGGAUGCUCUUCGAACAACUGCGAUCAUAGACUAUUCCACCACAUAGUUUCUUGAAUUGUCCGAGACAAAGCCAUGUACUCCGCCUCACACGAUGACAAAGCUACGGUGGGUUGCUUCUUUACGUUCCACGAAAUGGCUCCACCUUGCAGCGUAAAAACGUACCCAGUUGUAGACUUGCGGUUGUCUGGAUCUCCUCCCCAAUCGGCAUCGCUAAAUCCAAUUAGUUCUGUUGAUCCUUGGUUCCAGUAUUCCAGCUUGUUCGUAGUAGUUCGUUUCAGGUAACGAAUUAUCCUCUUGGCCGCUUCCCAGUGCUGUCGUUCGGGAUUAGCACUGAAUUGACUUACAGCAUUUACCGCAUAAGCAAUAUCCGGACGAGUAACUUGAGCUGCGAAAGAGAGACACCCAACAGCUUCUUUGAACGGUAUCUUCUUCAUUUCAUCGAUUUGCUCUUGAUUUCUUGGUCCCAUGGAUUUGUCCAGUCUCAUACUUGGGUCAGCGGGAGUCGCAACUGGAUUGGAAUCCGCCAUUCCAAAUCGUCGUAUGAUACUCUCAAUAUAGGCUUGUUGAUCGAGCCAGAGUUUUCCUUCCGCCCGUUUUCUUGUUACUCGAAUGCCCAAAUAGUAUUUCGCCUCUCCAAGAUCCUUCAUCUUGAAAUGUUUGCUCAAAUGCGCCUUCAAUUUCUGUUUCAGAACUUUAUCGUUGGUAAAGAUCAGAAAAUCGUCAACAUAAAUUGUAACGAACAUCAUCUUCUUUUUAUUUAUCAGCCAAUAGAAACAGGGAUCUACUGUUGAACGAACUAGACCAAACUUUUGCAGAACGGCAUCCAACUUUGUAUUCCAUACUCGGCUGGAUUGCUUCAAGCCAUAAAGCGCUUUCUUUAAUCUGCACACUUUUCCGCUUCGUUGUUCCAUUCCUAUCGGCUGCAACAUGUAGAUCUCCUCAUCGUUCAACUCUCCUUGCAAGAACGCCGUAACAGCAUCCAUCUGAUCGAUAUCCAAAUCGUACUUCACCGCAAGCGCCAUGAGAUAACGAAUCGUCGCAUAUCGCACCACGGGAGAAUACACCUCGUCGUAAUCCACACCUGGUCUUUGUGAGCAACCUUUAACAACGAGACGGAUGCCUUCGGAUCGAAUUUCUUCCGUUUCAAUUUCGGAACGUGCACCAUCACACUGGAUCCAAACACCUUCAAAUGUUUCAAGUUUGGCUUCUUUCCAGUCCACACCUCUUCGUCUUGCUCUUUAGUGAUCUUGUUGGACAUCGGUUCACUAGGUAAGCAGCAGUCGAAAUAGCCUCCGCCCAAAAUUUCUUCUCGAGCUUCGCAUCAUUCAGCAUGCAUCGUCCUUUUUCAACCAAUGUCCGAUUCAUCCGUUCUGCAACACCAUUCUGCUGCGGCGUAUAAGGGCAUGUGGUUUGGUGCCGUAUGCCAUCACGCUCCAAAACUCGACGAAAGUCAUCAUUGAUGUACUCCUUUCCAUUGUCCGUCCGCAAGAUCUUCAGCUUCUUACCGGUUUGUCGUUCAGCACUGGCCUUGAAUCUUAAGAAUGCUUCCAAUGUUUGGCUUUUCUUCUCGAGAAAGAAUACCGCUACCUUUUUGCUAGCAUCAUCCACAAAGGUGAGGAAAUAUCGGCUUCCCCCAAACGAUGGAACUUCGACAGGACCACACAAAUCCGAAUGCACCAGCUCUAGCAAUUCCGUUGCUCUGGAGUCGCUGGUCGGAAACGGAAAACGUGUUUGUUUGCCUACAAGACAUGUUCUACAAUUCACGAGUCUUUCGUUCUUAAAAUCAAUUCCAUCUGCCAUUUGCUUGAGUUUCUUCAAGCUACCUUCGUUCAGAUGACCGAGUCGCCUGUGCCACAGAUCAAUGCCAUUCGCCAGAAACAACUUCUCCGGCCGCGUGACACAGUAUAAGCCUCCUUCUUGAACACCAGUUACAAUCAACUCGCCGCUAUUGUCCCAGACUUCGCACUUAUCCGCCGUGAACACCACUUUAUUACCUCGAUUGCAAAUUGUGCUUACCGAAAGCAAAUUUGAGGCCAGGUCCGGAAUUUUCAAUACGUUGGAUACCUCCACUCGUCCGUGUUGUGUCUCCAACGUUAUCGUACCUUUAGCAAUCGCCUUCAUGUUGCUGUUAUUUGCUGUUCCGACAUCAUGGUUCAUGACAAUCGCAUCAGAGAAGGGUUGAUCAGAGCGUGCCAUGUGACUAGUGGCACCGGAAUCAAAAUACCAUCCAUCGGUUUUCACAUCUCCGAUCGCGAAUAUGCUGCACAAUCCUUUCGGCUUGGAUACCUUCGAUGUCUUCUUAGCUUGAGGACACUUGGCUGCAAAAUAUCCCGGUUUUUCGCAAAUGUAGCAAAGCUUCUCAGUUUUGCUAACUAUUUUUGAUUCAUGAGAUUUGUAACGGUUAGUUUUGCUGUACAGCGCACCUUCUGUGUUGCUGUUGACCGGACCACGAUCCAGUUUCACAUCUUGCAAAAUCUUUGCUUUCACCGCAUCAGCUGUCAAUGCAGCCCCGGAAGCUUCUAGUCCCAUGAUCAUGGGCUCGUACUGCUCCGGUAAACCCAUUAAUAAAAUCGCUGCGAGCCACGAAUCGUCUACCUUGAAGCCAACGGAUGCAAGCUUGUGACUCGUGCUCAUCAGCUCGUCAACAUACUCUUCAACACUGGAACAAUUGAUCAGCCGCACCAAAGUAAACUUCUUCAGCAAGCCAAUUUUACGGGUCAAUCCGCUAUCCCGAAAUGCGGAUUUCAGCUUGUUCCAUGCUUCUUUUGCCGUUAUCGCAUCUUGAACUAAGCUGUAGUUAUAGCUCUCCAUACUUAGGCAGAUCGUGGCUAAAGCUUGGAGCUUCACGUCCUCAGGAACACCGGUGCCGUCGCCAUCAACCGCAGACCAGCUUCCUUCGCGGAUCAGAAUCAUCCGCAUCGCAAAUGCCCAUGUCGCAUAAUUUUCCCGUCCUUUCAGCUUUUCAAUGGCUGGCAGCGCGACGGAACUUCUGGUGACUCGAGAAUUUCCUGCUUCACCCCUAACGCCGGUUGAAUUUCCAUCUCCUUGCGGAACAGGACUUCUUGCAAAGGACAUUUUUAUCUUUUCUUCAGGUUAGGCCUUCUGGGCCCAUAACCAAUUGCAGAGUUAUAAGUAAAACCGCCUGGUUGGUUUGAAAUAUAACAGUGAAAUGAUUGUUUAUUGAAAAUAACAAAGUUCUUAGCGACGCGUUAUUACCGACUACUACGACAAAUACUUUCUUUACCGGAACGUUCACAUGCUCCGUCCUUCAAGACGUUCCGUGACGGUGACGUUACGUGUGAAUGUCUCCAUAAGGAUGCAUGUAAUUAAUGUUGACGGUGACGGUGACGGAGGUUGACUGUGACGGAAGGAGACGGAUCGUCUGAAUCGUACAUAAAGCUUAAACUCAAUAAUACUGAUUCAUACUAUUAUCAAGAAUGAAAGUUUUUUUUUAAACUGAACACCGCGACAAGUAAUUUAGUCGAAUGCUUUUAUUUUGCCUAAUGCAGAGCUCUUUACCCAUGCAAAUAUACAGGGCGCUCCAUUUUUAUGUCGGUGUGUAAACGCUGAAUAACUUUCACAGUUACCAACCGAUCGAUUGCAACAGAUAUGUUUUGGAAACGUCAGUUCAGUACAAUUUUUGCCAAGGAUCUCUUCACACCGAAACAACGCACUGAAAUAGUGACACUUUACAUCGAAAACAGUCGUUACAUUGUGUUAACUCAACGUGCAUAUCGGCAAUAUCGCGGCAAAAAGGCACCAUCUGACAAUCACCUGAUUUAACCACAGACUAACAGACAUGACAGUAUGAGUAAAUUCUUAUAAAAAAUAAUUUUUCGUGAUGCACUAGUUCCACCUAUAUUAUACUGCGCGAACUAUUUACUAUCGGUACACCCCUUGUGUUAUGUAAAAGUUAAUUUACUAGUUGGUUCCCCCUCGUUUGUCAACACCGAUCAGCUGCUUGCAGGGAUGCCUGAUUGCAUCAUAAUAUUUGGAAAUGAAUCGUCACAGUAAAUUAUUAUAUUACGUUAAUAAUAUAUUAAACUUUUUAGCGAUGUUGGAAGGUAACCAUUUAUUUUUCUCAACAUUGUUCAUCUAGACUAUUUUUUUAUUGUGUUGGUAAUUUUCACCCGAAAUUAAGUGGCGGCAGAUCAGAAGCAAGUAAAUAUUGCCACUAAACGGGUUCGAUUUUGUAUUGCGUUGAAGGAUGAGAGGUAGGCACAAUUUUGUAUAUAGUUUUGGCAAUAUGUAUUAAAUCUGUAUCCUGCAUGAAAUUCGCAUACAAAUGCAAAUACAUAUCAAUACAUUACAGGUAAUUCUGUAUAAAUGGCAACUCUGUUGGUAAAUGAAAAAAAUAAACACAGACUAGAUGACAGACAGGAUGUUUUUGAUAGGGUAACGUGGCGCCAUCAUGACACAUCCUGAACGAAAUGGCCAAAUUGAUCGAUGGCAAACAGAUCGCUAGUGAUAUACGUGGUGAGCUACGAGAGCAGAUAGUAACGUGGAUGGAACAAGGGCACCGGGCCCCACACUUGACUGCUAUCCUGAUCGGGGAUGAUCCGGCCAGCAGUACCUAUGUGGCCAAUAAAAUGAAGGCCGCGGCAGAUGUUGGGAUUGUUAGCAACACCGAACGCUACGGCUCCGAUAUAACGGAAGAACAAUUGUUACGGCGUAUCGAAGAACUGAACCAAGAUGAUAUGGUUGACGGCAUUCUAGUUCAACUGCCGGUACCGGAUCACAUAAACGAACGCAAGGUUUGUAAUUCGGUGUCCUGUGAUAAAGAUGUUGAUGGUUUCAACGAAAGAAACGUUGGGCGACUAUGUUUAGACAUGAAUACGUUGAUCCCUUGCACCCCACUGGGUGUACAAGAGUUGAUCAAACGGUGUCAAAUUGAAACUUUUGGCAAAAAUGUGGUAGUUGUUGGUCGAUCAAAAAAUGUUGGUAUGCCCAUUGCCAUGUUAUUGCAUGCUGAUGGUCGCAAUGAUACCUGCGCUAUGGAUGCUACUGUUACUAUUUGCCAUCGGUUUACUCCACCAGCUGAGCUUGCUCGUUUUUGUAAGAUAGCCGAUAUAAUCAUAAGUGCCACUGGAGUACCAGGAUUAAUCAAUGCAGAUAUGAUAAAGGAAGGGGCUGCCGUAAUUGACGUUGGAAUCACGCGGGUUCCUGAUCCGGUAACUGGAAAGAAUAAGCUUGUUGGAGAUGUAGAUUUCGAAGAGGUUCGGAAAGUGGCAGGCCACAUUACACCCGUACCUGGCGGUGUCGGUCCAAUGACAGUUGCUAUGCUCAUGAAGAACACCUUUAUUGCCGCAAAAAACCUUGCGAUGAAAAAGGGUGGACACUAGUAAUUGCAAACACAAUGAAUCUUAUAGAGAAUAUUUUAUAAGACAGUAUUUUGGAGAAGAUUUCUCAUUCAGGAGAUAACUAGGUGCGUCUAUAAAAUAGUGUAUAGACGCAGUGGCAACUAAUUGCUUCCAGUAUGAUUGUUGAUCAAGAGAAUAAAUUAUUAGAUACAAAUAUUUUAUAAA